CACCUCGUUGACGUAACACGGGUCCGUUUGCUCUGAAGCGAAGCGCGUCGCACGUGGCGAGAAACGCGGUAUUUCUCUGCCACUUCUGAUUUUCCUCUUUUCUCCCCUGAUAUCGGCCUUGAUUGGCCACCUGCAGCGCACUACGAGAUUGCCUAGUAUCGCGACAAGACUUACCCAACCCGCAUACGCUGUGUUUCACCGGUCGCAAUGCUCUUGAGGAAAAAGUACAUCCUUGGUGAUUUCACCAAAUACGGCGUCGGCAAGCUCGGACUUCAGUUUGCGGCCGUUGCGGACAUGGAUCACUACGAGUUCGCAGAAAAGGUAUACCUGGACGAGAGGAAGAACACCCAUCGGUGUCACAUGGUCCGCGUGGGUCAUUACUCAUUCAAGAGCGGAGGCCCCCCAGUAUGGGCAGAAGCGACGGGAGAGCGCAUACGAUACUACUCAGGCGCAGGAGUCCAAGUGACCCCAUUGGUUCAUAAUGUCCAUUCCUCGAAAGUCUAUUACGAUCCGCCUUUCAGUCAUAUCGGCGGGGGACUGGACUAUAGCAGCGUAAAGCCUGGUAUGAGCUCAGAACGGAGACUCGAGCGGGCUAUAGUUGAGGCUGUAGUCAACUUCUCCUUCCUCAAGAGUGGACGCUUGGAGCAAGUCUCGGAUAUGGUCAACCUGGACAUACUGAGCAGCUUCAGACAGGCAUGCAGAAACUUUGGCCUAUAUCAGAGAUCUCGAGACAACGCGGACAAUGCCGACUACCAUCGGAGUUUGGGAAACGGACCAUCUACUCCAGUAUCAAGCCGCAGGCUAUGUCCCUUUGUGGCCCCUCCGUCUACCGAGCGAAAUGGGCAGCUGGCAGUCUGCGACGGGAAUCUGGGCUCGCUCGUUUUACGCAAACGCCAGUUUGCAGGACUCAACGAUGAUUUGACUGGUGAUCUACAACGUGACUCGAAUAAACGUCCUCGUCUGCUCGAGGACAGCAUCAAUCGUGACGCACAAAUGCACGCGCAGAUAGAACGCGAAGUAUGGAAUCUUAGAGCUCAGCUCGUAGAACAGGAGGCAAAGACUAGUGCCGCGAAAGACAGGCUUAUGCGAGAAAAGACGAAGCGACGCGAAGCACAGGCGGAACGUGACGCGUGUAAAGAGGAGUACAAGACCCAGCAGGCUCUAUCUGAAUCUGCUACCGAACAGAUCAAGCAAGAGGAAGGGAAAAAGGAUUGGAAGGCUAUGUUAUCCGCUCAAGAAAAGAAGACUCAAGACUACAAACUCAAGUACAUUGCGAUGAAAGAGGAGAAGGCUGAGUGGGAAGCACAGAAACAGGAGAUGAGAGGUACAAUCGUCACUCUCGCUUCAAAAGUCACCAGCCAGAGAGCUCAUAACAGGAUCGCCAAUGCUGGUCACAUGAGGAAGCGGGAGGAGAAGACCAUCUUGCACAAGGAAGCGAUAAAGGUGUUGUCAACAGAGCUUGCCAAAGAGAAGGAAGCAAGGGUCUUCUGGCAAAGAACAUGGCACAGUAGCCUACCGGGCAGUUCGCGGAACCGUCCACUACCCCCGUCGUCUCCGACAGCUCCACGAAAUCAAAACUCUAGUAUGGAGAUCAUAAGGGCGCCCCUCGAUCAUCGACGUACAAAGCCGCAUCAGAGCACACCCGGUCUUAGGGAGACUGUACCACUCCCACAGGGUAUGCGCAGAUGAGCUAGAGCUAAUGACCCUUGAAGCACUUUAGGUGCGUUCAAUUGGCAGAGGUAUGGCAUUGGAGAAGCUGUUGAUAUGAGAAGGUGGUAUUUGUCUGAGAGAUUCUGGUUGUAUGAGUGUUGCAGACUACAAUGUAUUUGUAGAACAUAUAAUCCAAACUAU